UUCCAGCUCUGUUAACUGGUGCCUUAUUCCCGGCGGAUCCGAGCGCGCUCUGAGGAGGCGCUCCUGUUCCCUGGGGCUUUCUCCCUGUGUCAGCGGGUGGGGGAGAAUCAAGCCAAGCUCAGCCCUUUCACACUUGGGCUCUACAUUCCCCCCUCACACCCCAAGUUGGUUAUUUCCCCCUGCAUUUGGUGGCCUUACUUGCAGAAUAAAUGCUUAUCUUGAACCAUCUAACUUUCAGCUGAACUCUCAUCUCUCAACACUGGCAAAUAUUCAUAAGAUCUACCACACCCUUAACAAGCUAAACCUAACAGAAGACGUUGGCCAAGACGAUCACCAAACAGGAAGUCUGCGGUCUUGCAGUUCUUCGGACUGCUUUAGUAAAGUGAUGCCGCCGAGGAAAAAGAGAAGACCUGCCUCUGGAGAUGAUUUAUCUGCCAAGAAAAGUAGACACGAUAGCAUGUAUAGAAAAUAUGAUUCAACUAGAAUAAAGACUGAAGAAGAAGCCUUUUCAAGUAAGAGGUGCUUAGAAUGGUUUUAUGAAUAUGCAGGUACUGAUGAUGUUGUAGGUCCUGAAGGCAUGGAGAAAUUUUGUGAAGACAUUGGUGUUGAACCAGAAAAUGUAGUUAUGCUUGUCCUAGCUUGGAAAUUGGAUGCACAAAACAUGGGCUAUUUUACUCUACAGGAAUGGUUAAAAGGAAUGACCUCUCUACAAUGUGAUACAACAGAAAAACUCAGAAAUACCCUGGAUUACUUAAGAUCAUUAUUAAAUGAUUCUACAAACUUUAAACUUAUUUACAGAUACGCGUUUGACUUUGCUCGGGAAAAGGACCAGCGCAGCCUAGACAUAAACACUGCCAAGUGCAUGUUGGGACUGUUAUUAGGAAAAAUCUGGCCCCUUUUUCCAGUUUUUCACCAAUUCUUAGAGCAAUCAAAAUAUAAAGUGAUUAACAAAGACCAGUGGUGCAACGUGCUAGAGUUUAGCCGAACAAUUAACCUUGACCUCAGCAACUACGACGAAGAUGGAGCGUGGCCAGUUUUGUUGGACGAGUUUGUGGAGUGGUAUAAAGACAAGCAGAUGUCCUAGGACUUUAUGCAUAGCAGCGAGAGAGUCACUGUUACCACAGUUCUGUCAACCAUUAGCCAUAAAUUGCUGUUUGUAUCCAAGCGCAUGCUGCUUUUCUUGCACUGUCUCCGUUUGGCAGGGACAUGUUGGUGUUUGCCAUGAAUGGGCCAGCUCUGCUUGCUGUGUAGCAUUGUUCUCUUGGAAGGCUGCUUUGCAGUUUGUAUUUACACUACAGAUUGGUGAAUUUGCCAACGUCCUCACUGUGAUGAUGUGUAUAUUGCUGUUUAAAUUUUGUAUAUGUGUAUAAAAAGAAAAAGCUUCACCUAGAGAUUAUUUCUGCAAAAAUGUAAAAUAAUCUUUGUGGCAUAUUUCUAGUCCCUUUUUUCAAAUGAACCAGUUAUACUUUUAUUUGGUCUCAAAUGUAGCAUUUCAGAAGACAAGACAGAACAGCGGUUACCAUAUGCAGGUGUUGCCAGAAUUCACCUUGUUGUUUAAGAGGCCAACUUGUGGAAGGAGGUGGGAGUCAUAACUUUUCAGAGGCAUAUGCCAAAAGUAACUUGGUUUACCUAAAUAUUAGCAUUUUUAAAUGAUGAAAGUUAGAAUAAUCGAACCACAUAGACACAUGCCACGCCACCAAUCAUUUCCGCCACGCAGGGUAUAGGUUUUGAUUUUCUAAUGUUAAACCUGUCAUAGUUUGAAUAUAGGUACAGAUGAACAAAUUGAAGUUGCACCUUCUCCCCCCCCCCCCCCCCGCAUUGGUUUUAAACUCUUAUAAAUUUUUUUUUUAGUGUUUUUUUGUUUUUUUCUUUUGCAUUCUUUUAGUCAGUGUUUGGUCUGCUGAUGCUUUCAAUGCCAUUCUAAGUAAAAUUUAUUUUGCUGCCUCCAUGAAAACCUAAUGGUUUGCUGGCAAUUUGUCACCGCAGAGCACUUUUAGUUGUGGCUUGAAUUUUUAGUUAAGUUUUCAUGGUGUCUAAUUUGUGAAUUUUGGGAGGCGGGAAGAACUGUACUAUAAGUGAGAGGUGUUUUUUUUGUUUGUUUUCCUUUUUUGUGUCUUUCACGCUAGGCUUUUCCUGGCAGAAUGUCCAUUGCAGGCAGUGGACACGACACCACCAGCAUUGAGCUAAAAACUGUAUUACACGGUAGGACCUUUCCUGGAGGGGUCACUCGUCAUUACCUGAGAAAGGUGUACAGAGAGGUGAUAGCCUUUAUUUAUGUGGAUGAGGAAAUAAGAGCUAAGCAGGAGGGUAUUUUUAGGUUUGUAUCUUACGUCUUUUUUUUUUUCCUUGUCUCACCCUUCUUGAGCAAAAUGUAUAGAUAACAUGUUUCUCCCUCAACUAUUUGGUGCUAUCGAAUGACUAAUUUAGUCCUCAAAGUUUUGUGAACACACAGAAGUCUAGCGACUUUAAGACAAAGCUAAUGGUGCAUUUGAACGAGGAAAUCCUCACUUGUAGGCAGAAUCCAUAUGACUGAACAUGAAGCGGUUGGAGCAGGUUGGGACUAUUUCUGAACCUUGCCCCCAAAUCUUUUGGGUCAAAUGUGAACCUUUUAAUGGCAUUAAAUGAGUAAAGCACACAGACAAUGCUACUCUUGACCACGAUUUCAAGUUUCUUGGCAGUGUUCAGAUUUUCAUUUUUUUUUUUCCCCCUAACUGAACCACCAAAGACAGAAAUGUUGUGUGUAUAUACAGUGUGUGUGCGUAUACAAAAUCAUGAGACGGUAGACUGAAAUUACUUCCUUUUUCUACCAAAUAGAAAGGUUUGGUUUGCUGUGAAAUAAACCAGAAGUUUGAAAAACUCUGUAGUGACGAAGCAUACUUACUUAAUCAUUCCUUAUUUCGAAGUCACGGACUCCCUUCUACACCUUAAUGCAUUCAUGCCAGUUUGCACAAAUCACUCAUCUGCAGAGAAUAGGCGGUGUUGGAAGGGCUUCCGAUCCAUAAUCCUGUGGUGGUUAGGCUGUAGGCUGGUUCAAAUCCGUGGAGAACUGGACUCACUUUCAAAAGUAUCCCAUGAAGUUAAAAACUCACACUGUAAAGGCAGCAGUUCUUAAAUUCAAUCAACUCUCGUUUUGUUUAAAGCAAACACAAAUCAUAGAUGAAAUCAUUUUAAAAGAUGUUGUGAGAAACUGGAGAAUUUUUUAAACACCAAGCACAGUUAAUUCUAAAAUAAAAGAACUGUUAACAGGGAAGAUGUUACCUUUUCACCACCAGGAACAUUUUGAUGAUAGGGGUUUUGGAAAAGCUAAGUCAGAACGACUUCCCGAUGUAUAUAAUAUGGAAGUCGGUAUUCCAGAGGGAUAAUCUCACCUACUUGGAAAAGUCCAGGUCAUCUUUGACCUCCCUUGAAAAAUAAAUCUUUGUGAGCAGACAGCUUGCCCUUGGUUUUCUUGACUUGAUGCAGUUAUUUCUAAGGGAAGGAAGAGGGACCAGCGUAAUAAGACACUUUUUCUUAAACACCUCCCAGAGUUACAUAAAAUGGAGCCCUCCCCAAGCACUUACGUAUGGGCUGAUGCUAAGUGAAUGAGGGUGCCUUCUCCUGGUGUUUCUUAGCAGCCACGUCUCCACCCUUUCUCUCUUUCCAUUGUGUGUUUUGACUCCAUGUUGCAAUACUGUGUCGUAACGGAACACAACGUGUAGAUGUUUACUGCUGCGGUAGGUCGGAAAUUUCAUUAUUUGAUUUGCACCCUGUGUCGACGUUACCUACGGCUUAUUGGAAGCAUGACCUCCGAAUUCAGUUUUCGUAAAUCUGACUAAACAGACCUCUAGAUCCUGGUUUAACCACAGGCUUCUGCUGCCUCUCCGCCUCUAUCUUAACAGUGCUUUUGGAGUCGAUACCGGAAGCUUUAAGAGUUAGUUUGUGCCCUUGGUUUUUAUUCUGACAACUGCUAAGAUACCUCUGUAAGCCUUACCUUUUAUUUUUUCACACAUUGUAUAAUAAAUGUAUAGAAUUCAUUGACCAACUAAAAGGUUGGGUGUCUGUAAAUGAGACCAAAACAUGGGUUGCUUUUUUCCAUGAAGUCGUUUCUCUCGGGGGUUACUGUGCGUGAACAGCAGCUAACCUGUUACUGUGAAUGCCUCGCGUCGUCAGUAUUUGCAUCACCUUCAUGAACGUGUGCAAGUCCUGUGACUCCCAGCUUAACUGAGAUCCUGUUAUGCCACCUAACUCGAGUACUGCAAACUGGUUUUAGGUUUUAAUGGAAUUGAUGUACAAUGAUAUCCCAUAAUAAAAAGUAUUUGUGUUUGGUUUCAGAA